AUGGCAGACCCAGACCCAGUGUCCGAAGGGCGGGCAGACUCCAAUGGUGUCUAUGGCUUGAUGCGAUCUCUCCAUGGACUAAUCCCAACCAAAGCACACCUGAAGCAGUUCUUCGCCUACGUACACCUUCUUUUCUCUUUGGAUUACACGAUAUUCGACGUCUUCCUUAUUGUAUGCGGCGUGAUAUUCGGGAUAGCUGGAGGAAUCCCCUUUCCUCUGCUCGGAAUUGUAUUUGGUAAUCUGAUCAACAACCUCAAUUCGACUACUUGUUCCACCUCGGACAACGAUUCGUCAAGUUUAUCGUCCAGUGUACGCACCGAGGUUCUUUAUGUGAUUUACAUCACCAUAGCGAACUUCUUCAUCAUCUAUAUCUACACGUCAUGUUGGUGCUUGGUGAGCGAACGUCUGGCGCGCCGUUAUCGCAGGCGAUACUUUGAAAGUAUCAUUAGGCAGGACAUGAACUUCAUCGAGUCACUUCCUUCGGGCGAUGUGAUCUCCCGGUUGGUUAGUGACAUUGAGACAGUGCAAAUGGGGACCUCGGAGAAGGUGGGCCUGGUGAUCUCCACUAUUUCAUACUUCGUGACCGCCUAUAUCGUGGCUUUUAUCAAGGCGCCAAAGAUCGCGGGCAUGCUGGUAUCAGUGGUGCCUUGCUUCCUCCUCAUGUCGCUAGUUGGAGGUCACUUCAUCAAAAAGUAUGCGAGCCGGAUUACAGCCAAUAUCAAUGCCGCUACGUCGAUUGCCUCGUCCAGUCUAUCGCAUCUGACCCUGGUUCAUGCCUUCAAUGCCAACGACCGCUUGGAGCAGCGAUUUGCCACUUAUCUCUCCAGGUCAUCAAUGGAUGCCCUCAAAAAGGCAGGUACGCAUGCUACGCAACUUGGAUUCUUGUACUUUGUUGCAUACUCAGCCAACGCCUUGGCUUUCUGGGAGGGUUCCCAGAUGAUUUCGGACUCCGUUGCCCACGACAACUCAGGUAUAUCUGUGGGUGCUGUAUACACUGUCAUUUUUGUUCUCAUCGAUGCUUCCUUUAUUCUGAGUCAGGUUGCCCCCUUUAUCCAUGUUUUUGCGUCCGCAGCCGGUGCAUCGGAGCGACUGCUAGCCGUGAUCAAUCGUCGUUCUGCCAUUGAUGGGACCGCAGACGACGGUGAUAAGAUGACUGCUUUCGGAGAGGAGAACAUUGAGUUUAAUGAUGUUCACUUUUCAUACCCGGCUCGACCAGACGUUCCAGUACUCCGGGGAAUGAGUUUUGUCAUCCCUCCUAGGAAGCAUACCGCCAUUGUUGGACCCUCUGGUGGUGGAAAAUCAACCGUGGUUUCCCUCCUAGAACGAUUCUAUGACCCUGCAUCAGGCGAUGUGACCAUCGGAGGGAAGAGUUUCCGAGAUCUCAAUGUUCGACAUUUGCGAGGCAAUAUCGGUUUUGUUCAACAAGAACCGGCUUUGUUGGAUCGAACAAUCCUGGAAAAUAUCGCGUACGGCCUGGUGGCUUCAUCCGCAGAGAAGCAUCAACGGCUCGCCCCGUUCAUUCUCGAUGAAAGUCUUUCGGAACUUGCUGUAAAGAUCAGGGAAGGCAUGUCCGAGAACGAUGCUCUUACCGGCUUCGACGGUUGUGUUACCGAGAUUGUAGAACUCGUCAGGGAGGCUGCCGCCAGCGCUAAUGCGUUAAACUUCAUUGAUGCUUUGCCUCACGGGUUCGCAACCCAUGUUGGAACAGCAGGAAAUCAGCUUAGUGGAGGCCAGAAGCAGCGAAUUGCUCUUGCUCGUGCUCUCGUGCGAGAACCGUGCUUACUCAUUCUCGACGAGGCUACGGCUGCCUUGGAUUCCACCAGCGAACAACUUAUCCAGGCUGCACUGGCCAAAGUAUCUGAAACAGUAACCACAGUCUCGAUCGCACAUCGAUUAGCUACUGCCAAAAAUGCACACAAGAUUGUUGUCGUACAGACUGGACGUGUCGCAGAGGAAGGAUCCCACGCGGAGCUCGUGGCGCAGGGCGGCGUGUACGCAGAAAUGGUACGGCUGCAAAACCUGGGUAAAUUGAGCGUUGAAGAUCUGAAGAGCCCUCACGAUAUGAUUACCACGAGCAGUAUUCACGAGAGUGUGCAGCCGACAGACGAAAAGGAAGCCUUGGUAGGCAUUGGGGGUUCAGAUAUCACUGAAGACACGGUGUGCGGUGAGGUACCUCCUGGUUCCACAGAUGGUGAUGUGAGCAAAGGAAAGAAGAGGAAGCGUUCGGGCUGGUUCACCAUCAAGUACACGUUCUCUCUGGUGCGGGCCAACCUGCCGUUGAUUUGCCUCGGGCUCUGUAUGUCCGUCAUCAUUGGAGGUAGCUACUCGGCCGAGGCGAUUGUGUUUGGCCACACCGUUGGCAGUCUGAGCCCAUGCAGAUCUUCUGAUGCCAUCAGUGAUAGUGGCAACCUUUAUGGGUUGCUCUUUUUCAUCCUUGCCCUGGUCGAGCUUACGGCAAAUGUGGUGGGCGGCUGCGCCUUUGGCUGGGCAGCGGAUAAGAUUCUGUAUCGGCUCCGGGUGCUGUCACUACGAUCGCUGCUGAGCCAGACCAUACAAUGGCAUGGAAUGGAGGACCGGACUCCAGGAACUUUGAUCACUUAUAUCACCGGGGAUGCUGCUUCUUUGAGUGGCAUUACCGGAUCGACUAUCGGUCUCCUCCUUGCUACAGCCGUCAACCUGGUAGCCGGGUUGGUGAUAUCGUUUGCUAUCGCGUGGAAAAUCACUAUUGUCUUAUUUCCGACCAUACCCGUCUUACUUAUAGCAGGCAUGAUGAAGCUCCGCGUUCAAGCCAAGUUCACUGAGCGGCAUCAGAAGGCAUUUGCCAAGGCCACGGCCAUCACAGUCGAGGCCGUCGAUAACAUUCGUGCUGUUGCAGCAUUCUCCCUUGAGAAGCAAUCCCAGGAAGUGUUCGUCCGAGCCCUGCGCCGCCCAUACCGGGACACCAUGAAAGCUAUUGCACAUGGCAAUGCCUGGUUGGCAUUGGCUUUUAGCAUCAGCAACUUGGUGUAUGCCCUCGCGUAUUGGUGGGGAUCGAAGCAGGUGGCAUCGGGGCUCUACUCCCAAACUCAGUUCUUUAUUGUCCUGCCUUGCCUGCUAUUCAGUACGCAGUCUUGUGGUCAAAUGUUUGCUCUGGCACCGGAUAUCUCCAAGGCCCGUCUGGCGUCGUCUAACAUUGUUGAUCUGCUCACUACCCGCUCCGCGGAGGAAGAGCUGGCUCCGGGUUCCACGCAGAGCAUGCAGCCCUCAAGCAGUUUGCUUGAGGAGAAAGCCGCCACACAGGAUGUGGAGGCCGCAGAGAAGCCCCGUCGGGGUGUACGCCAGACGAAUGGCAACGGUAUCGGCGCCCAGCUUCGUGGGGUGCAUUUCACGUAUCCCAAUCGGCCUGAACGUCCAAUCCUAAAAGGACUUACCCUGGACAUCAAGCCCGGUCAGUUCUGUGCGCUGGUCGGACCUAGCGGAUCGGGCAAAUCGACGACCUUUGCCAUGCUGGAGCGAUUCUACCGUCCUGCAGCCGGGUCGGUGAUCAUCGACGGAGUAGACGUGACUCGGCAGCUAGGCACUGAGUUCCGGGAUGAUAUCGCCUUGGUGCCGCAGGAGAAUGUUCUGUUCGAAGGAACGGUCGCAUUCAAUAUUGGUCUGGGUGCUUGCCCCGGCCAUGAACCGACACAAGAAGAGAUCGAAGCGGCGUGUCGCAUGGCGCACAUCCACGACGUGAUUAUGGCCCUGCCGGACGGGUACCAGACGAUGUGCAGCCACGACGGCAAGCAAUUUUCAGGCGGGCAGCGCCAGCGCCUGUCAAUUGCACGCGCGCUGGUGCGCAAGCCACGGCUGCUGCUGCUGGACGAGUCGACGAGCGCACUGGAUGUGGAGUCGGAGAAGAAGAUCCAAGAAUCCCUGACGACGCUAGCGGGCCGCACGACGAUUGUCGCGAUCGCGCAUCGACUGAACACGAUCCACCGAGCGGAUCAGAUCUAUCUGAUUGAGGAGGGCCGCUGUGCGGAACAAGGAACCCAUCAGGAGCUGAUCCAGCGUAGUGAGACGUAUCGAACGAGUGUGAUCCACCAGUCGCUGGAGACCUAAUGAAGAUGGGCAACUGAAACACGGCAUCGCUGUACCAAAAAAGCACACGAAAAGAACCAAAAGCACCCCUUCAUAAUUUAGAAUGAUGGUGCCGGGUCAUCUAUGACAAGUCUUCCGUCCUUUUUGAGGGUGGGACUUGACUGCAUCUUGCGAUAUGGG